CUAUAGUUUUAAUCAGCUGUAUCUCUGCGGUUGCUUUACUGAUUUUUAAAAUUUGAUUACCGAUAUGUUGUUCAAUUAUUCAAGUUUCAAAACUAUUUUGCCAAUCUUUUGUUUAAAUCUUCAUGUUUUUACUACUGAACGCUAUGCGGCUGCACUAAUAGGAAAAUAUUUCAACAAACAAUAUAUUUUUUUUAUUUCAAACAUAUGUUAGCUGAGUCAAAUAUUUUUCAAAAACCAAUAUAAUAAUAUAUAUUAAUCAUUUGAAUACAAAAUUUAAUUUCAUUGGGUUCCGAUAAUCAUGAGAUGUAGCAGUUUAUUGAACGGUAAUGUCAUUUGAAUUAUUUUACUGGAAACGAUUUAACUUCGAGUUGAGUCAACCAAUCAAGCUCAAAAAUGUACCAAUUAUAGCUAACUAGUGUUCCCCAACUAGCAGUCAAAAUUUGAGAAUUUUCGAUGCACUAUAUAAAAUGUUACAGCUUGUUUAACAUUUUUAAGUCACUUAUUUAAAUGUGUGUGCUCAUGCAAAUCUGCAACUAGCGUCAUCUGGUGGCCGAAACUAGUAAUUCAACUGAAAGCUCUUGAUCUACCACACAACUUUUCCGAAGACACCAUGUUUCUUGAAAAUCAGGUUCCUGAGAUAUGCGGAAUUUAAAAUUUGUUUGCACUCUAGCGCCGCCUAGCGGUGGAAUUGAGAAUCCACCCGAAGACGUUAACACUCCAAGUAAUAGAGAUUCUGACACAUAUGAGAUUGCAAUUUCGUCAUCUAUUUGUCUGUGGUUUCUAUGAUAUCAAAGACAAGUAGGCGUAACACUGACAAUAUUUCCAUCCCGUAUACAUCCGGAUCCUUAUUGAAAAUUGGCAAAAACAUGCUAAAUUAAGUCAUUAGUUAGAUAAUGUUAAACAAGCUGUAACUUUUUAUUAAGAUCACCGAAAAUUCUCAAAUUUGUCCUGCAAGUUCCUUUACUAGUUAGCUAUAAAUCGUAAAAAAAUAGGCUUAAUUGGUUAACUCUACCGGAAGUUGAAAUGUCUUCAGUAAAAUAUUUAUAAUUUCAGUGCAGUUCAUAAAACUAGAUAUAGUAGUUGGGAUAAGUGAACCAAAUUUAAUGAAAUUUUGGUAAUUUAUGACUAAUAAGUUGGUCUUUGAUUACCAUUUGGCUUACCUCAAAUAUGUCAAAAGAGAAAAAAGUGACAGCUUGUUAAACACAUUUUUAGAAGUUCCAAUCAUUUGCAAGCUAUUGUAAAUUUGUUGUUAGCGCAGCCUAGUGACAAAGUUUUGCAUCAAAUGGUAAACAAACUGUAAGUCCUUAAUUUACAUUACAUUUUGGCAAAGGAACCAUCUUUAUAAGUAAACAGCAACCUAAGAUAUUCAAAAACUAAAAUUUGAAAGCAUCGCCUAUUGGUUGAAUUUCAAAUCAAACAUUCCAUGAUUUGCACAACAUAUUAGUAAAAAAAAUCUAAAAUCGGAUGAGCCAUCGCUGAAAUACAUUCAAAAUUUUGUAACAGUUCAAUUUCAAUUCCGGGAGCUCUAGGGAUGUUCAACAUCUUUUCUGUGAGGUUCAUUGAAUUACGUUAAUUUAUGAUGUUUACGGAAGUAUUUGGAACGCUCACAAUGCAGAAAAAUCAUUCUAAAAAUUCGUACUGUUGCAUUGCUUUGGAAGAAAUUCGAACACCCCUAAAAUAUUAUUUGUUCAAUUGUUCGGAAUGUAAAUACUUUGACAACAUACAUAUUAGUAAAAAAAUUUUACAAAAUCGGUUAUGCCAUUAUGCAGAGAUACAGCUGAUUGAAAAUAUAGUUUCAAAUAAUUUCUGAUCGCUGUGUCUGGAGCGCUAGAAAUGUUCAAAAUAUUGUAUCUAAUACAAAUCUCACUUGAACUACACAGAUCAAGGGGUUGUUAAACAUCUUCUUCUAUAAGUUUCACUACAUGUUUUUCUUAGUCUUAUACUAUUUACAUUUGAAGCAUGUUGAAAUUUUAAAACGCUCAUAAUAUAGAAAUAAUGGUCGAGAAAAAAAUCAUAUCAGGUGCAUCGAUUGAACGAUCGCUGAAAUAUAUUCAAAGUUUUGUAACAGCUUCAUUUCAAUCGUAAUUCCGGGUGCACUAGGGAUGCUUACCCUUUUUUUUGUGAGCUUCAAUACACUGAAAGACAGCUUGCGGUUGAAAUUACUAUUUUGCAGGGUCAAUUUAAAUACACAACGCCACUAAAUCUGUGCAGACUGAAUUUAGUUUUAUUUCAACAGAUUAAUGUUUUCAUUUUUACCAUGGACCCGAUUUACAAUUAAAAAAAGUUUGUGUUGGCAACCGGAUUCGAACCAAGAACCUUGAGAUCACCAGGCCCGCACGCUACCACUACGCUAUCAACCCGGUUGAAAUGCACACAAGGAGCGUUUGUAAGUCGAUGAUCACGUUUAACCGUGGUAAAUUUGAAAACAUUUUUAUGGUGGUAAUUACCGCAAGCCGUUUGUCAGUGUAGAUGUAAUCGGGAAUCCAAUGCUGUUCUUGUUUGAGCCACUUAGAUUUAUGAUAUUUAGGGAAAUAUUUGGAACGCUCACAAUGAAGAAAACAUGGUUGAACAAAAUUCGUGAAUAUUGGGACAACAUAUUAGUAAAAAAAGAAAAAAUAGUUAAUCCAUCGGGAACAAAACUAUAGGAAAACGUUAAAAAAAAUAUAUAAUACACACUUUAAAAAAUAAGAAUUUACACGUGACGAAAACCAUCAACGAAUGUAAACAUUUCACGACUGAAUGGCAAAUAUGACUCAAUUUUACAUCCAUCCUGUAAGUUUAAGUUGGCUGCACAAGAUGUCAACAAACCUGUCUGACCAGGUACGUAAAAAUAGUUUCACAUGUAUCAUCUUCAGGGUACGAAAAACGGAUCACGCCGAAAAACAAACGCUUUGUCCUAAGCGGUGCAUGUUGGUAACAAAGGCGCUCCGCAACAAACGCAUGUCAGGCAAUGAGAGUAAUAAAACAAACAUCGCUUGCCGUGCGUGUGCUGAUAUUCCGGCUUUUCUGCUGAAAUUUUCGACCCACAUUAUCGAAAUCAUAAGCAUUUGGACGAAACAAGACUCUUGCAAACCUAAGAGUUGAGUUUUAGUUGUAAAACAAUGCGAAAAUCACGAUGUGAAUAGAACGAGACAAAUAUUCCUACCGUUUUUGUUGUGAACAAACUCGGGAGCGAUUUUGUCAUUAUCUGCUAACGAAAAAACAAAGCGUUGUUGCCGUGUCUUCUUUGUUGCCUAUUUUUCGCUUGCGGUGGCAUAUUCUGCGUACACUGAUCAUCUUACUUUCAAAUCGGUGAUAUGGCCGAAAGGUGUAGUCCGUGCCUCUCAUUCAGCGGACCAGUGUUCGAAUCCCGUUCAAUAUUUAACUUUGAUUUGUUUUACCUGUCGAUUCAGUUCUUGCGAUUGCUAGACGCUAAAAACAAUCAAGUUUUAUUUUGGGGUGUCCUCAAAGACGUAAAUUUACAUGUUUUGACCUCUAAAUUUGUGUCUUUGAAGACGCUCGUAUAUGUCAGGUUCAGGACACCUAAAAUUACAUGAUUUCUUUUAGGUGUGUAACACUUGAAAAACUUCAAGCCUUUAUCGGUUAAGAGGGUUUUCUUGGACGCUGCAGGGGGAUUUAAAAAAAAUAAAGAAGCAUUUCAGGGGUAUUAUGUAAGCAUUUACGUGGCGUGUAGGGGGUUUCGGAAGCGAUUCUGGAGUUUUCACGGGGCCUCAGGAUCGUUCCAAAGGGUCUCAGAAGAAUUUCGCUUCCGUUUCAAGAGGCUUUAGAGCAAUUUAGAAAGAUUUCAGGAUGCUUCAAGUGCUUACAUGGCUAUUGUUUCAUAAGAAAGAUUCAGGGCAAUUGUGGCGCUGCCUGACCCUGGAGCUAAUUAACACCCAAUGUAACCCCUGGAACUUCCCUGGAACGUCCUUGAGACGCCCUCUAAACCGUCUCUAAAAUUCCCUAGUUCCCUCCUCAAACGUUCCCAAAAACCUCUUGUAACCUCUUAAAACAUCCCUAAAAACCACUUGAAACCUUCUGAAACGACCCCCGAACCCCUGAGACGUUCUGCAACAUCCCAAAAACCAUCUAAAACCCCCUAAGUAAAACACCCCAUCUUGAUGAUCUAAAACAUCGCUAAAGCUCCAAAAAAACUAUUGUAUCUCAAGUUUGACAACAUUAUUUUUAUAGUGUAAAUGAUGAUUUCGAUGAUUGUUACGCAAGCGCAAAUAGAUGCGCAAUCGGACGCGCAGGUGUUCUGGGAACACUGCCGUCAUUCUAUAAAUGAAAAUAAACGAACCGAGCAGGUUCUCUUUAGUGUUCGUACUUUCAACCAGUAAACACGCGUAGUGCUCAUUAUCAGAAGAAAACCCCCCCGAGUGUUAAUAUUACCUUUAAAGUAAAACAUAGUUCGGAAGUAGUCCGGUAGUCCGGUGGUUGAGUGGUUCGAGGAACGAGCUGGCCCAUCCCGCCAAUUUAGGACCGGAUACUCAGAAUUGUGCAAAAACGUCGUCUGCAACCCCCUGAAACGCCACUAAAAUCUUAAGAAAUUCCCAUGGAUUUAUUCACAUCCUGUAAAGGUUAUCAAAAAAGUUUUUUUAACCAUCCCAACCAACAUUUUUUAGACUCUACUAGGAGAGGUUCUUAGAACCAUCAUAAAACCAAAAUAAAAGUAAUAAGAUUUUAUUUUAUUUAGGUUUGCAAACCCUCCCCAAGACUAAUUGGUAGUAGGUACAAGCUAAAAGUUACAUUUCAUUGAUUGAUUUGUCUUUAUUAUAGAGACUUUCAGCCCUUGGCUGGUUCGACUCUAAAAAAAGUUACACUGUUGUAGGAAACAGUGACACUUUAGUCCAUAAUUCUUUUCUUUUCGGUCAAACGACAGUCGGUCAAAUGACCCGGAACCUAAGAAACAAUGUAAUGAAAACGUUUCGCACAUUAUCGCCUUGUGAUUCAAUAUGUUCAUUUCCCUAGUAGUUUUGUUCGGAUAAGUCACAUCAACAACGUUCAACUAAGAUCGAUUGAAAUAACCUGUAAUUUCAUUGCAGCCUGAAUAACAUAAUUCAAAAAAAAAUUCUUAAACCCUCGUCUAAACGAUGCUCGAAAUGCUGCAACUGGAUUGUUUCACUUCUUCCGAAACAGAAACGCUACUCCAUAUCGCACAGGUAAGUGAGUGAAUCCAAAAGCAUCGCAUACCAUGCGUCUCCAUUUGACUCGCUCGUUCUGUCUGAGUCAAAUACGGUGAAUUUCAAAUCCGAAAAAGAAACCCCCAAAGUGCUCUCUUUCAUAAUUGGCUCCAUCCUAGCGAAUGAGUGUGCGAGAAUCAAUGCUCACAGAAGAGCAGCAGGGACUUCAGCCAGGUGAUCUUUCUCCGGCGGUCCGGACGUUCAGUUUUCCACACGCCGGCGAGCACGGAUCAGUUUCCGAGCAAAUUUCCACCGAUCAACACCGAUCUCGAGCGCGCGCGCCCAAAGCACCACACUUGUGGAAAAAUCAGAAAAACCAUAACCAUAAACUAAUUAACACUUCGUAUAGGAAGAUCGUGUAUGGGGAAUUUCCCAACCUUCGGAAAGUCGGAAGGUCAUGAACGGAUGCUACUGGACGCACUGAAGUCCCUUUCGAAGAUAUGGAGGCAGUUCGCUUUUCGAUCAUUGAAAAGGAAAUGAAAUGGGAAGACGAAUACCGGAUGUACUGCCAGGACGACGAGGCAGACGAAGAAACGGGCCCGCUGGACGAUCGCUACCGGAUGAGUAUAUCGAGCGAGAGCGACGUCGCCGGAGUGGAGAUCUCGUCGCCGAAUCAACCGAACGACCUGUGCAGCGGCAGCCGCGAAGGCCAAGACGAAGUCUGGGCCUAUUCGGAGCUGGAGAGUUCGCUGAAGGACCUGCCGGACGCGGACAAGAUUGCUGAGCUGCUGGAAAGUCUGCUUCCGGUGGAUGACCUUCCGGCGAACUACGGCUACGAUCUGGACAGUACGCUACUGUUGGCCGUUUGGGCGAGCAAGCAUGCCUUGAUGAAGCAGCUGCUUGCGAUGGCCGACGUCGAUCCAAAUGCAAGCGAUCUAUGGGGGCGAACGGCUCUUCAUCUGGCGUGCUACAUUGGAGACUACAGAGCGGUUGAACUGCUACUUCAACGAGGAGCGAAGCCGCAGGUUUGGGACAAGGAGAAGAAAGCUACGCCGUUGCACUGUGCCGCGAGCUGCGGAAGUAUCGAAAGCAUCGCCCUUCUCCUGGCCAAGGGCGUCGACAUCAACGCCGGUAUCGAGAAACAUUCCGCCCUGCACUACGCCGUCCAGCGGAACAGCAAACAGUGCGUUGAGUUCCUACUCAAGAACGGUGCCAACCCCAACACUCCCCAAGUUUACACGCAGACUCCGCUGCACGUGGCCGCUGCCAACGGGUUCGUAGAAUGCAUGGACCUCCUCCUAAACUACGGAGCCGACGCACGAUCGCAAUAUGGCCAGAAAAAGAUCACCUCUCUCCAUCUAGCAGCCUCGGAAAACUACCUGGACUGCGUCAAGUUACUUAUCGCCGCCGGUGCGGACAUCGACGCCCGCAACCGCGAUCAGCAAACUCCUCUCCACCUAGCCUGUCUAUCCCAAUGUCACGAGACCGUCACCUACCUGAUCAGUCGCAACGCGGACGUCCACGCAAUCUACCGCGACGGUCGAACAGCUCUGCACGCGUCCAUCGUCAAGGAGUCCCGCUUCUGGGACUGCACUCUCAGUCUGCUCAAAGCCAAGGUCGACGUCAACCGGGCGGACAACUUCGGCUACACUCCCCUGCACAUCGCCGCCCUGAACGAGUUCAGCAGCUGCGCCUUUCUACUCAUAGAAUACGGCGCAGACAUCACCGCACGAACCAACGGCGGAGUCUCGGCCCUGUCCUUCAUCAUCCGACGCACCCCGGAGAUCAUCCCCAAGUACAUCGACAAGCUGGACACGGCCAUCAGCGUCAACAGCAUCCACGAGAUCGGCGACGUGGACUGCGAAAUCCGUCUGGACUUCCGACCCCUCGUCCCGAACAACGAUCGAGGCGAGACGGAACUUCUACUUGCCUUCAUCGAAGUCGGGCAGCGGCGCAUCCUGAAGCACCCCCUUUGUGAAACCUUUCUCCUCCUCAAGUGGAGACGAAUACGGAAGUUUUUCCUGUUCAGCUUGUUCUACCACGGACUGUUCGUCCUGCUGUUCACCGCGUACGUGCUCGGAGUGUACGUCAAGGACUGCCGGGUACGAUCGUGCCGAAUGGCCGCGUACGUUCCCAUCGUCGGCUACAGCGUGAUCUUCCUCAACGUGAUCCUGAUGACGAAGGAAAUCUUCCAGAUGAUGCACGGCUUCCUCGGGUACAUCCGCUACUGGGAAAACUGGUUGCAGUGGAGCAUUGUCAUCGGGAUAUUUCUGUGUACGCAAAACCCAUCCGGGGAGAUCAGCGACGUGCCGACCUGGCAGCAUCACGUGGCGGCGAUCGUGAUCUUCCUGGCCUGGCUCGAGCUGAUGAUGCUCGUCGGACGAUUCCCGGUGUUCGGCCUCUACGUCCAGAUGUUCACCACCGUGGCGGUCAACUUCUCCAAGUUCCUGAUGGCCUACUGCUGCCUGCUGGUGGCCUUCGGGUUGAGCUUCUGCGUCCUCUUCCCGAACUACAUCUCGUUCAAGCGGAUCCUCCGCGGUCUGCUCAAAACCAUCGUCAUGAUGGCCGGCGAACUGGAGUUCGAAGACAUCUUCUACGGAGAGAACAUCAAGAUCCUAUAUCCGGGGACGGCCCACGGGAUGUUCCUGGCAUUUGUACUGCUGGUGACGGUAAUCCUGACCAAUCUGCUGGUCGGUUUGGCCGUCAGCGAUAUCCAAGGGCUGCAACAGUCGGCCGGGUUGGACCGGUUGUCCCGGCAGGCGGAGCUGAUUUCACGGCUCGAGGGACUGAUGUUCUCGAGGAUUCUACGCAAGGCCCCGAUUCGGCUGUGGGUCAUAUUCCAGAAGAUCGCUUUGCUGAAGACGUCUCGGCUGCGGUUGCACUUUCGGGUGAAGCCGAAUGAUCCUCGGGAGAAGCGGAUCCCCAAGGAGCUCAUCACCUCAAUCUACAAGUUGGUGGCCGAGCGCCGCGAGCGAAACCAAUCGAUCAAGCGGAAACAAACCUACCGGAACCUGCGGGCAUUCCAGGAGUUUGUGGACGAGGACGCCCAAGUCACCCUUCGGAGGCAGCGUUUCCGGAACUGUAAAAAUCGGACCGUUUCGGAGAAUCCCUACCUGACGACGGCCGCCAACCGUGCCAGUCAGUUCAAUGGCCCGCGAACGUCCGGCGUUCAGUGGAAGGCCAUCGAGGAUACCCAGAAGCAGAUACUUAAGAAGCUGGACGAGUUGGGCAAGGAAAUUGAUUGUCUUAACUCGCGGAUUAAGAAGGUUUAGGUAUGUUUAGUAAAGAAAUAAAGUUCAGAUUUGUACUAA